CUGAUACAAGGGCUACACAGGCCAGGUACGAGGGAUGUCAGGCCAGGUGGCGUCUGCACACCCAGUCUGAGCCGGACUCUGGGUAGCUGGAGGCUGCAAACCUGCCGACAAGGGGGACCCUGCCAGGCAAGCCAGGCUUUUCUCAGGUCCAGAAGCCCUGACGGAGCUGCCAUGGAAUCUGACCACUGCUGACCAGACAGCCACGGAGGGCUGAAGUUCUAAGCCUUUUUCCCAACCCAGGCAGGAGGCACCCAGCCAAGAAAGGCACCAUGGCUUCUACCAGCAUGGAGAGCCAGCUCCAGAGAAUCAUUCGAGAUUUGCAAGAUGCUGUGACGGAACUAAGCAAAGAAUUUAAGGAAGCAGGGGAACCCAUCACAGAUGACAGCACCAGUUUGCAUAAGUUCUCUUAUAAACUUGAGUAUCUCCUACAAUUCGAUCAGAAAGAAAAGGCCACCCUUCUGGGCAACAAGAAGGACUACUGGGAUUACUUCUGUGCCUGCCUGGCCAAGGUGAAAGGAGCUAAUGAUGGGAUCCGGUUCGUAAAGUCUAUCUCGGAGCUUCGAACAUCUCUGGGGAAAGGAAGAGCAUUUAUUCGCUACUCCUUGGUGCACCAGAGGCUGGCGGACACCUUACAGCAGUGCCUCAUGAACACCAAAGUAACGAGCGACUGGUACUAUGCAAGGAGCCCCUUUCUGAAGCCAAAGCUGAGCUCUGACAUUGUGGGCCAUCUCUAUGAGCUGACUGAGGUCCAGUUUGACCUGGCAUCAAGGGGCUAUGACUUGGAUGCCGCCUGGCCAACAUUUGCCAGGAGGACACUGGCCACUGGCUCUUCUGCCUACAUGUGGAAACCCCCCAGCCGAAGCUCCAGCAUGAGCAGUUUGGUGAGCAACUACCUGCAGACUCAAGAGAUGGCCUCCAGCUUCGACCUGAACAGUCCCCUAAACAAUGAGGCAUUGGAGGGCUUUGAUGAGAUGCGGCUGGAGCUGGACCAGUUGGAGGUGCGGGAGAAGCAGCUACAGGAGCGCCUGCAGCAGCUGGAUGGAGAGAACCAGGAGCUGAGGGCAGCUGUCAGCUCUCAGGGGGAGCAGCUAAAGAUGGAGAGGGAGAGGGGGCGUACUGCAGCGGAAGACAACAUUCGCCUCACUCGCAUGGUGGCUGAACUCCAGAAACACUGGGAGGUCACCCAAGCCACCCAGAACACUGUGAAGGAGCUGCAGAUGUACCUGCAGGCCCUGGAGCUGGGUGCAGCAGAAAAGGAGGAAGACUGCCACUCAGCCCUGCAACGGCUGGAGUCCAUGCUGCAGCCCUUGGUGCAGGAGCUUGAGGCUGCACAGGACUCACUGAGCAGGAAGAACCAGCAUUCUGCCAGUGUCCGAGACUGGCUGGCCACAGCUGAGCAGAAGGCAGAUACAGCACUGGGCACAGAGGGGCAGCAAGAGCCCAUUACUGGUGACUCAGCCCUGGAGAUUCAGAGGCUGGAGGAGAAGCUUCGAGCACUAGAAGGGGAGAGCUCCAAGGUCCAGGAGCUCAACAAGCAACAGACCACCCAAUUGGAGCAGCUGGCCAAGCAGCUGCAGCUGAAGGAGGAGGCCCGUGCCAGCCUGGAGCGGAUGGUGGAAGAGAUGGCCCCACUCCGGGAAGAGCUGUCUGGGAAGGGGAAGGAGGCAGCCCAGCUCCAGCGACAGCUUCAGGAGUCACUGGCACACUUGAGCUCCCUGGAGGAGGAGCUGGCAGAGGUUAGGCGGGAGGAACAGCGGCAGCAGGAGGAGAAGGAGCUGCUGGAGCAGGAGGCCAGGUCUCUGACCCGGCAGCUGCAGCUCCUGGAGACCCAGCUGGCCCAGGUGAGCCAGCAUGUGAGUGACCUGGAGGAGCAGAAGAAGCAGCUCAUCCAGGACAAAGACCACCUCAGCCAGAAGGUGGGGACACUGGAGCGGCUUGCUGAGCAGCCAGGCCCAGAGCUGCCCUUGAUGGGUGAUAAGAGCAAGGCUUUGGUCCUCCUGAACUCCACCCUGCAACAAGCCUGCAAGAUGCCAGAGGAGGGGCAGAGGGGCCUUCCAGAGGUAGAGAUCAACGAUACCAAGGUGCAAGGGGGUGACCAGGAGGAGAAGCUUCAACAGGCCAACAGGGAGCUGGAGAAGGAACUGCAGAAUGUGACUGGGCGCAACCAGCUCCUGGAGGGCAAGCUGCAGACCCUGCAGGCGGAUUACCAGGCUCUGCAGCAGCGGGAGGCAGCCAUCCAGGGCUCCCUGGCCUCCCUGGAGGCCGAGCAGGCCAGCAUCCGGUGCUUGGGUGACCAGAUGGAGGCGAGCCUCCUGGCUGUAAGGAAGGCCAAGGAGGCCAUGAGAGCCCAGGUGGCAGAGAAGGAGGUUGCCCUGCAGAGCAAGGAGGGUGAGUGCCAGCAACUGCGAGAGGAGGCAGAGCAGUGCCGGCAGCUAGUAGAGGCCCGGGACCAGGAGCUCAGGGUUCUUGAGAGCCAGUGCCACCAGCAGACCCAGCUGAUUGAGGCCCUCACAGCAGAAAAAGGCCAGCAGGUGCUCGGCCCACCCCCAGAUGGUACAGCCUAUGAGCUAGCAGCCCAGCUGGCCCUGUCUCAGCCACAGCUGGAAGUCCAUCAGGGGGAGACCCAGCGGCUGCAGGCUGAGGUGGUAGACCUCCAGACCAAGCUCCAGGCAGCACUGGAUGACCGGGACAAGGUACAGAGCCACCUGAGUGUGGCCGAGGCAGUCCUGAGGGAGCACAAGACCCUUGUGCAGCAGCUGAAAGAGCAGAACGAAGCCCUCAACAGGGCCCACAUCCAGGAGCUGCUGCAGUGCUCAGAGCGUGAAGGGGCGCUUCAAGAGAAGAGGGCCAGUGAGGCGCAGCAAAGGGAGGAGGAGCUGCGGGCCCUGCGGGAGGAGCUGUCACAGGAGAAAUGCAGCUCCCAGGACGCCCAGCUGGAGCAUGUGGAGCUGCAGGAGCAGCUGCACCAGGCCAACACGGAUACUGCUGAGCUUGGCAUCCAAGUCUGUGCACUGACUGCAGAGAAGGCACGGGUGGAAGGGGCACUGGCCUGUGCUGCCCAGGAACUUCGGGACUCCAAAGAGGCAGCCUCAAGGGAGCGAGAGGGCCUGGAGUGCCAAGUGGCAGGGCUGCAGCAAGAAAAGGAGAUCCUGCAGGAGAAGCUGAAGGCAGCUGAGGAGGCAGCCAACUCACUACCUGGCUUGCAGGCCCAGCUGACCCAGGCUGAGCAGCAGGUCCAGAGCCUCCAGGAGACUGCACAUCAGGAGCUCGACACCCUCAAGUUCCAGCUGAGUGCUGAGAUCAUGGACUACCAGAACAGACUUAAGACCACCAGUGAAGAGUGCAGGAGCCUCAGGGGCCAGCUGGAGGAGCAAGGCCAGCAGCUACAGGCCGCCAAGGAGGCUGUAGGGAAUCUGAAGGCCACCCAAACAGACAUGGAAGAGAAGCUGAGCUUCACCAGCAAACAUCUUACAGAGUGCCAGGCCGCCCUGCUGAAGAAGGAGAAGGAGGGGACCAUCCUGCGUGAAAACCUGGAGAGGACCCAGAAGGAACUUGAAAAAGCCACAACAAAAAUCCAAGAGUAUUACAACAAACUCUGCCAGGAGGUGACAAACCGGGAGAGGAAUGACCAGAAGAUGCUCGCUGACCUGGAUGACCUGAACAGAACCAAGAAGUACCUCGAGGAACGGCUGAUAGAGCUGCUGAGGGACAAGGAUGCUCUCUGGCAGAAGUCAGAUGCCCUGGAAUUCCAGCAGAAGCUCAGUGCUGAGGAGAGGUGGCUUGGGGACAUGGAGGUGAGCCACUGCCUCGACUGCAAGCGGGAAUUCAGCUGGAUGCUGCGGCGGCAUCACUGCAGAAUAUGUGGCCGUAUCUUCUGUUACUACUGCUGCAACAACUACAUCUUGAGCAAGCACAGUGGCAAAAAGGAGCGCUGCUGCCGGGCCUGUUUCCAGAAGCUCAGUGAAGGCCCUGGCUCCCCUGAUAGCGUUGGCUCAGGCACUAGCCAGGGAGAGUCACCAGCCAAAGCUGGGCACCAGGCCACAGGAGGCCAAGGAGCAAACACAGACUGCAGGCCACCAGACGACGCCGUGUUUGACAUCAUCACGGAUGAAGAGCUGUGCCAGAUUCAGGAAUCUGGCUCCUCCUUGCCUGAAACACCCACCGAAACAGAUUGUCUGGACCCAAACGUGGCCGAACAGGACAUAUCAAACUCAGUAACACCUGAGGACAUGGAAGACAUGCCUGUGGGGCAGGAUGCUGAGAUCUGCCUGCUGAAGUCUGGAGAACUGAUGAUCAAAUUACCCCUAACAGUGGAAGAGAUUGCCAACUUUGGGGAGGGCAACAGGGAGCUGUUCGUGCGGUCCAGUACCUACAGCCUGAUCCCCAUCACAGUGGCUGAGGCAGGCCUCACCAUCAGCUGGGUCUUCUCCUCUGACCCCAAGAGCAUCUCCUUCAGCGUGGUCUUCCGAGGGGCAGAAGACACACCACUGGAUCAGUGUAAGGUCCUCAUUCCCAUGACCCGGUGCAAUUCCCACAAAGAGAACAUCCAGGGCCAGCUCAAGGUCCGCACACCAGGCAUCUACAUGCUCAUCUUCGACAACACCUUCUCAAGGUUUGUCUCCAAAAAAGUAUUUUAUCGCCUGACAGUUGACCGGCCUGUGAUCUACGAUGGAAGCGAUUUCCUGUAGCUUCAAGCACCUGGAUUUAAAUAGCUUUGCUUCAUCCACAGGAAACACUACUCUUCCUCACCUGACACACAAAGCACUAAAAAAAAGAAAAGCAGCUGCUCCAAAGCUCCUCCACCCUGCAGCUCUGGAAGAGAGGCCCCUGGGCUGCUCCUCAGAAGCUGCGUUGCUCAGGAGCACUGUGUUCUGAACGCUACGCACUAGUCACUCUUAGCCUGUGGAUUUUCAGGUUCAAGCAGCCUUUCCAUUGAUUAGAAACCUAGCUGUCCUCACACCCAAAGGACACUCUGCCAAGGUUUAAAAACUCAGGAGACCAUCAGCCUCUCCUGGGAGCACUGUUGGUUACAGGCCUCCUGUGGAAAGUUUCACAGGCCAGAGGUGAUCCCGACUUCUGCCUGUAGAAAGAUGCCCUGCUCUGCUCCGCCCAGGGCUUGGCCUCCUGGUGACUGGGAGCCGGGUGCCCUGGGCGCACCCUGUGAGUCCUCAGUCUGUGAGGACCUCGGGUACUCCCAGGGAAGAGAGACCACAGGGCUGUCAUGUGAGGGUGCCAGGGCCCCCCAAGACCCCAGCCAGCCUUCUCCUCCUGUCGUGCUCCUGUACCUUACUGCCCCAGUAAGUUCAGGGUUGCUCCAGAGUUCAGCAAUUUUGGAGGGGAUGUAACCUGUACUUUCCUUUUGGCCCUCUGUCUGGGUGAUUCCAUCUGCAAGCAAAGCCCUACAUUCAGCCAGGCCUCUCCAUAGCUCAAAGCAUCGCCCUAAGAAUCAGAAUUGAAGAUAAUCCAGGAAACAAACCCACCAUAGUGUGGGCCUGCAGGGGCUCUGUGUAUGCUGCCGCUAAAGCCCAAAUGCUGGCUGACGUCAGUGCCAUAACCAGAAAGCAGAAUUGUGUGCUGGCUGUAGGCUCCCUCCUCAGCUGAUGGCCUGUCCCCUAUAUAAACAGAAGCUUCUGCUUCACCUGCAGACGUAUGUUUACUAAUGAUCAUAGCCAGGUUAGAACCACUGUCAACAACUGGGGCCUCCUUAACAAAAGUCGUUGGUAACUUAAGUACCAAAGUAACAGGGUAAACAGAGGCAUACAAAGUAAAGAGGGGAAUAAUUGAUUCUUGGUCCCCACGGCUCACCUGCCAGAUUCCUCAGCACCUUUUUUGGCUACUUCCUGCUGCUCAGCCUGACACCUAGGAGACAUCUCCACUUGAGGCAGAUGGAUCCUGUCUCCUUUUCCUGGACAAGAAUUAAAUAACCUGUUCUCUGUGGCCCUUUUCUUCCACCACAGAGAGCUCACUCUUGAUGGCCGCUUUGUCCCUUGUUCACAGAGGCCAGAGUGUCUGACAAAAUGGCCCACUUUGGCCAAGGAGGAGGGAAAACACUGGCCAGGUUGUCUGAGGAUCUGAAUGCUGGGCCCCGCCUCUCUUCCAGCUAGCCCGGGGGCCCGAUUCAAGUCACACCACCUCUCAGAGCCUCACUUUGUCAUUCAUAACCCUGGUCUGACAGCCUUUGAGGGCUUGAGAAUGUGUCAAGGACUCCAAGCCAAGACCCCAAACUCACCAUGCACCAGCAGCCACAGCCUCACCACCAGCAAAGAGGACUCUUGUGGGGCCACGAGUAAGAGGAGUUACUUCUGAAAUGGACUCAGACCUUUAAUUUAGACAGCAGAGUUGGGCACUUCCAGUCCAUCUGAGAGAGGCAUGGGAAACAGUGAACAGAACCUUUCAACGAGGUUAGCCUGGAGGAAAGCUGAACAUCCUGGCUUCUGUGUGCUUGGAGCAGCCUCCUCUGGCAGAAAGCCAUCGGGUGCUCUGUUGUCUCCCACUGCCAAGGGCCUGACUGGGCUCAGCACUGGGACAGAAGAUGGCCAGGCUCUCUAGAGCCUCUCCCAAACCUUGUGUUUGUCCUCACAGGCAUGCAGCAUGGCCUGAGAUGAUUCAAGAGCAAAUUAUCCUACAUUUGAAUCCAUCCACCCUCUUACAAAGGAUAAUUGGAAGUCAGCUUGUUCACCAUAAGAAAGAAACUUAACAAAAGAAAACCCAGAGCUGUCUACAAUCUUAUUUUGAGUGCUGAACUUUCCCGGAAUGCCUUGAAGACUCUGGCCAAGCUGAUGGCCUUCUGCCAGUGUCAUCGCCACCUUUUGCAACAAGAAUCACCAUUCACUGAGUUAGCGGUUGGGGCCUGUGAAGGACCUGGCACUUUCCAGCUGAGAUCCAUUCUGAAUGUCAUCACAGCAGGGGAUCAAUUGCAGCUUAAAAAACAACCUGGCUCUUGUGUGCACCCCCUUCAAAGAUGACUGCCCUUGUACAAAAAAGGCCUUUGCUGUAUUCAGAGGACUGCCCAGUGCCCCAGUGGUCACUUCCUAACUCUUUGGUUUCAUUAGCAUAUUUAUUUUUUGUGCUGGAUGGAUAUUUGUACUUCAUUAGUUUGCUGUUCAAGCUCAAGUUUGCUAUGCACGACGCAGCUAGAGAACAUCUUAGCCUUCUUAAAGUGUGGCUUUUGUAAAUAGCUUUAUUCUUACUUUAAACAGGUUCCCAACUUUACUGAAGUUUGGGGGCUGGUAUUUUUUUAAAAAGGCAGGUGACAAGUGAAGAAACCACCUGCUGAAGACAGUAGUGCAAGCGAGACUGAAUUACCCUAGAAUCUGCCAAGAGGGAAACAUCCUUGGGAUCCCAGAUCACUGUUCUUUUUUAAAAAGCACAGCCCUUUUGACAGCCUAGCUCUCUGAAUAACCAGUGACACUAGUGCCACUGCCACUAAUCAGCUUCACUUGAAAAACACAUCAACCUCUGUCAGACACUCUCAUCCACAAACAAGGAAGCGUGUUUGGGAUCGUGUGUUGUCCUCCACGUCUGAGUGGACGUCGGAGAACUUGACUUGAGCACACUCGACUCCAGUGAGACUGGACCAAGAGCAGGCAAAGAAAUUCCCGAGCAGGAAUCUGGAACUGAAAAACCCCACAGGGUUUGGAAAGUAGAAAUGAAAAGCCACAUAAUAUACCUUGAAAAUAAAGGAGAUGGCGUUUCUGAAAUUUUUCAAUUGUCACCCAAGGUGGUGAAGCCAUUCCAGGCCCACAUGAAAGGAAAUCGCCAUUUGGGGAUGAAAUCAGAGUCUGUGUUUUAUGAUACGGUUAGAUGUUUGCUGAUGUAAUUUUAUAGGAGUUUCAUUUUUAAAAUAACCUUAGUAAUUCUACGUAUGAGAAUUAUUUAGGCCAAGAAGCUGUCCUUGGCUCAGAGGUACUGAGAAUUAAGCAGAGGUGAGCCUUUUGUGAUGCUUAGAACCAAGGAUUGUCGUAGUCACAGAGACCAUUGAGACAGCCAUCCACGUUUACCAAACGCUUAACCAGAAGAACACUUCUUAGAGGAACCUUGGGUAAAUUUUUCUCAUUUCAUUGCAGUUCUUCCAAGGAAACAGGGAAGACUGAGUCAAUAAUUCCCUUUUCCUCAUAAGAACUUUUUUAAAAUAAUAAAGUAUAUAUUCAAAUUUCAGGAGACAUUUCUGAUAGAAAGGCUUCUUAGAACCUUAUGACAUGUUACCCAGAGACACUCUGCCUCUCUGGUGCCUGCAGACAUUACCUAAGCCUCAGUUGGAAGGCUUAAAAAAUGUAAUUGCACUUUAAUUGACUAAUCUCCUCCAAUUCACGUGGCCUUAUGGGAUGGUGGGUAUGGGAACCCAUUUCAUUCUUACCAGCCAAAGAAUUACCCAGAAGCACAUCAAAUACCAACACCCCAGCUGCACAAUGGGGGUGGGAAACUUCUGUAUCCUAAAACAUAUUCCUUUAUAGUGUCUGCUAUGCCAUUUGGAAAUAUUUUAUUUUUUAACCUCAGGAUUUAAAUAAACACUAUGAAUUUAGAGUA